AUGAGUGGAGAGCCCGGCACAGAUGCUGCCGCCGCAGCGCAAGACACCAUCGUCGCCGCUGCCGCUGCCAAUGAUCAAACGGCACUCCUUGCAGCUGUCGGUUCCCGGCAGCAGCAACAAUCGGAACCCCGCCACCGCUACGACGGCGGCCACGAGACGGGAUCAGACGACGACGAGGAUGAGCUCGACGAACGCGAGUCGGAGCUCCUCCUGGCGCGUACGGCGUCCAUCUCGAGCGCCGUCGGCUUGGCCCCCGAAGCGCCCGAGGGCGUCAUGAUUGCUCACCGGCAGCAGAAACCGUCUCUCGUCGGAGGGAGAGACGACGACGACGUUGGCGAUGACGACUUGCUGCCAGAGACACCCGGCUACGACGUCGAGGAGGGUGGCGAGAGCGCACCUCUUCUCGGAGCCGGCAAGUACAAGAAGCAGUACCUGAUCAAUACAAACUUUCGGCACUUUAUCACCAUUUUCAUGGCCAUCAUGUUGGGGAGUUUCCUGUCCAUCUUUGAUGGUACCAUUAUGGCUUCUUCGCACCCCGUCAUCACAUCCUACUUUCAUUCUUCAAACAGCGCCUCAUGGCUUUCUACGGCAUUUUUGCUUACAAGUACAGCAUUUCAGCCUCUUCUAGGACGACUAAGUGAUGUGAGUUCAAUCGGCCGGAAGCCUCCUUAUGUUGUCACAACACUCAUUUUCGCAGGAGCAACUGCGUGGUGUGGCCUCGCCAAUAGCAUGACCAGUUUCAUUAUUGCGAGGGCAGUAUGUGGCAUUGGCGCUGGCGGUGUCAUGGCAUUGGGAACAAUCAUUAUCAGUGACUUGGUACCAAUCGAACAACGAGGAACAUAUCAAAGCUACGUCAAUGUCGUAUUUGGGCUCGCUUCCGCUGCCGGUGCUGCACUGGGCGGCCUAAUGGCGGACACGCUCGGCUGGCGAUGGGAGUUUGGUGUCCAAGUGCCGGCCAUUCUCUUGUGUCUUGUGGGUGUCAUCAUCUUGGUGCCCAACGACAUUGGCCUGGUUGGCAAGCGGGAAACCUUCAUGGAGGCCAUGAAGGUCUUUGACUUCAAGGGGUCUCUUCUCCUGACUGCCUCGACGACAUUCUUGAUCUUGGGUUUGAAUCUUGGAGGAAAUGUUCUACCUUGGUCUCACCCUUUUAUCAUUGCGUCGCUGGUCUUGUUCGCCGUCUGCUUUCCAGCAUGUCUUUGGGCUGAGCGCAAGGCUGAACGACCCAUUAUGCCAUUGACCCUACUCCACAGUCCUCCUCGAGCCAACAUAAUCUUUUCGAAUUUUAUCGGCGCCGUCAUUGCCAACGCUGUCCUCUUUAAUGUACCGCUCUACUUCCAAGCCGUCCUCCUCACCAGCGCCACGGAAUCCGGCGUGCGGCUCAUUGUACCGCAAGUCACGGGCGCCACCUUUGGCACGGCGACGGGCCUGCUCAUCACCUGGACCAAGCACCUCAAGUGGCCCCUGAUCCUGGGCACCUCGCUGACGCUGCUCGGCACCGCGGUGCUCAGCUCCAUGCAGCGCGGCUGGUCCUGGUGGGCGUACCUGCUAUGCCUCAUGCCCGCGUCGGCGGGCCAGGGCUUCCACUUUCCCGGCACGUUUCUGGCCGUGCUGGCCGCCAGCGACCAGCGCGAGCAGGCCGUGGUCUCGAGCACGCUCAUGCUCUGGCGCGCCCUGGGCGCCGUCUUGGGCGUGGCGUGCUCGUCGCUGAUUUUGCAAAACGCGCUGCUGGCCUUUCUGGCCCGCUACGUGACGGACGAGCACGGCGCCGCGUGGAAGGCGGCCGUGAUUGAAAAGGUGCGCGAGAGCGUCGAGGAGGUGGCCCGCCUCGAGGGCGAUGUGCUCGAGCAGGUUGUGCGCAGCUACGAGGAUGCUCUUCGCCUGACGUUUCUCUGCUGCGUCGCCCUCGCUGCCCUCAGCUGCUUGAUGGUCUACCCCGUUCGGCUGCCCAAGCUGGGUGAGAGGAAGCGGUGA